GGAAAGUUGGUCAACAACAUCGCAUCGGCUGUUGGAUCUAACGAUCUUUCAUUUGUCAGAAUCUAAAGUCAGAAUUUAAAGUCAUGACUUGGAUUUUCAUCCCGCAGUUCGUCUCGAACUGACGAGGCUUUUUAAGAGCUGAGAAUGUUUCUCCCGUGUCGACGCCUUCCAGCUAACUUUCUCUUCACGGAAGUACCAGCAUCCUACACUACACCUACGAAUGAUUUCAACGCCCUGAAUGAAGGAAGCGACUGUUUGCGUCUCUUUGUGUUAAAACCUUGAUAUGCCCUUAACGUCAUGGAUCUCGCAAACUGAUUUACUUCCAUCCGAUGGUGUUGACAGGCUGUGUUGUGAAGGAGAAGUGUGGUGACCUUUAGCUGUCUUGCCACGCUCUGUUCUCUUCAGCGGAUCCCAAUGCAAAGUCCAUAUCUCUCUGCUGCUCUUGGUGUUUGGCUGAAAACUAUCCCAAAGACUCAUUUGUUAGUAUUGGUGGAAAAUUCAAAGGAACCAUGGUGAAGUCUGGAUAUGGCUACUACAGGACCACUAUUUUUCUUGCCAUGUUUGUGGGCUACACAUUAUAUUACUUCAACAGGAAGACAUUUUCAUUUGUGAUGCCUUCCCUAAUGCAAGAGAUCAAGCUAGACAAGGAUGACUUGGGUCUUAUCACCAGCAGCCAGUCACUGGCUUAUGCUAUCAGUAAGUUCAUUAGUGGGGUGCUCUCUGAUCAGAUAAGCGCAAGAUGGCUUUUUUCCAUUGGCCUCUUCAUGGUGGGUGGAAUCAACGUGCUGUUCUCCUGGUCCUCUACUGUGGCAGUGUUCUCUGCCCUCUGGUUUCUGAAUGGCCUUGGCCAGGGCCUGGGGUGGCCCCCAUGUGGGAAAGUACUGCGCAAGUGGUUCGAGCCAUCUCAAUUUGGCACCUGGUGGUCAGUGCUGUCCUGCAGUAUGAACCUUGCUGGUGGACUGGGCCCAAUCAUUGCCACCCUCCUGGCUCAGAGCUACAGCUGGAGAUCAACACUGUCCACCUCUGGCCUGAUCUGUGUGGUCAUGUCCAUCUUCUGCCUGCUAGUCAUCCAUAAUGAGCCUAGCGAUGUCGGUCUACCUAAUAUUGAAGCUAGUGCAAAGAAGGGCAAAGCAGGGUCCAGUAAAGACGAGAGUACGCUGAAAGAGUUCCUCCUGUCCCCAUAUCUAUGGUUACUGUCGCUAGGCUACCUGGUAGUAUUUGGAGUGAAGACCACAUGCACUGACUGGGGGCAGCUGUUCCUCAUCCAAGACAAGGGCCAGUCAGCACUCAUGGGCAGCUCUUACAUGAGUGCCUUGGAGAUUGGGGGUCUGGUGGGCAGUUUAGCAGCCGGUUAUCUAUCUGACAGGGCUGUGGCACGGCAAGGACUGCAUGUGUACGGUAACCCCCGUCAUGGCCUCCUACUUUCGAUGAUGGCAGGGAUGUGCAUCUCCAUGUACCUCUUCCGCACGACUAUCACGCAGGAAAGCUCAAAUGUUUGGAUCCUCUCUCUUGGUGCUGCUUUUGGCUUCUCCUCUUAUGGACCAAUUGCUCUCUUUGGUGUCAUUGCCAAUGAGAGCGCCCCCUCUAACUACUGCGGGACUUCACAUGCUAUUGUUGCCUUGAUGGCAAAUGUUGGAGGUUUCCUUUCUGGGUUACCAUUCAGCACCAUUGCAAAACACCAUGGAUGGGACACAGCAUUCUGGGUAGCUGAGGUGACCUGUGUUGUCACGACCAUUGGCUUCUUUCUCUUCCGUAACAUCCAAACCAAGAUGGGACGUGCAAUCAAGAAGACUGAUUAAGAAGCCAUUUCAGACUUUUACAAACACAAAGAGAGGUUUUUGAACAAAAAAGUUGGGCCUUUUUAUUUUCUAUAAAGCUGCUGUUUGGGCCUGUAUUUCCUCUAAAUUGUAUUGACAGAACCUCAAGCAACUUGUUUGAUCAUCUGAAUCAAGACCCUUUCUUUUGCACAAGGUAGUAAAGUUGAAAGGUAGUAAGUUUCCCAAAAGCCUGUCUGCACUGAAAGCACCAUGUGGUACAUGCGGUAUACCUUGUCUUCAAAACUAUCUGUUAAGGUGACCUUAAGGCUAUGAUGGUUUUGGUAAACUCAUCCUAGUUUCAGGCACUAAAGGAAAAAAAAGUUGUCUUAAAGAAUAAAUCAAAUCUGUCAGAUCAAAACUUCCUAACCUAAUUUUUAUUGGUUUGCUUUUUUACACCAUUUGAAAAUUUCACAUCAAACAGACCAAUAGAAAUGGUCCAUAGUUACUUUGAAAGUCUGGUUACAUUAACCUUAAAUAAAGUUAAGAGCACUGGGCCUCAUUCAUCAACAUCACCACCAAGUUUUUUUUUUCUUGGUUUUUAAAAAAACGUCCUGAGAAGAAAUCUACCUCAGAUUCAUGACGUGUCCUUAAUCUGCAGGACUGCACAUUUGUGCUCUUGUGUGUAGAUUCUGCUCUUACCUAAGAACAAAUCCAAAAUAAAAACACAUUGGUGACAGAAUCUUUGUGAAAACGGCAUCAAUGGGUUUUAAGGAGAAAAUUCUUCUUAAGAACGGUUCGUGAAUGAGGCCCACAUUUUAUGUAAUGCAUAGGGUGUAGCUUUAAUGAGUUUUAAGUAUAUGCCUUUAAGCUAAUUUUAUGUAUAUUUAGGAUGUUUAAUACACUGUAUGAUCUGUAUCUACUCCAAGUGCUUUUUUGAAGAUCAUCUUAGUUGUACAAAUGUCUUUUCUGCUUUGAUGGUGAAUGCUGUAUGAUUCAUGCAAUAUUAUUUAUUGCAACAAUGUACAGUUCUUUCAAAGAUGUAUGAAUUUUGAUUUAAAGCAUCCCCACUGCUGAUAUACAUGAUAAGCUUGUUUUAGUAUGGGGAACACUGAAGAACAUCACAACUGUAAUACAUGGUAUUCAUCAUCUAUUCACAAUCUAUUUUACAUUUAGGUAAAUAGAGAGAGAUUUAACUCCAACUGGAAUGUGUGAGGCUUUUCAGAACUCAUGAUUCUACCUCUUUAUUGUAUGUUAUAAGUCUGUACAUAGUGUUAUGGUAAUGAAAAUAGUUUUGCAAAUACUGAAAAAAACAUUUUAACUACAAUAAACUUGUUACACACUUUA